AUGAAUAAUGGAAAAUUCCGCCAAGCUUUACAGAAGAUUCGUCGUGAUGGAUGGAAAGAUCAUCCGAUUGUCUUGCCAGAACUUGAUUUAAUUCAAGAAAGUGAUCAAAUCACUCAUACAACUUCACUUCUUGAUCAAGUAGAUCCAGAGGAACAUUUGAAUGUGUUUAAAUUCGAUCCAGAAUUCUUGGCAAAUGAAGCAAAGUAUGCUGAAAUCAGAGCAGCAUUAUUUGAAUCGAAUGAAGAUUCAGAAGCUGAGUCAGAUGGUGAAAAUGAAGGUGAAGAUUCAGACGAAUCAGGUGAUGAAGAUGAUGACGGUGAUGAAGAGGAUGAAGAACAUAAACGUAGUGCCGCUGCAACUGCAGAGAAUCAACAAACAAUUAUUGAUCAAACAGAAACAAAUCUAGUCCACCUACGUCGUACCAUCUACUUGAUGCUGCAAAGUAGUUUAAGUGCAGAUGAAGCUGGACAUCGUCUUCUGCAGUUGAAAAUUAAACCUGGAGAAGAGUAUGAAGUAGCUUCUAUGGUUUUAGAUUGUUGUGCUCAAACACGUAGUUAUGAAAGUCGUUAUGGUCGAUUAGCUCAAAGGCUUUGCCGAGUUGUCUUUCCAUCUAGUACCCCAUCCAGCACGGGAUCUACUACUGUUUCUGUAAGCUCCGACUUAGGUCCCGGUAGCCGAUAUCGAAGUAAUAAAGAGGUCAGUAAGCCUACAGCGAAAGAAGAGACUCCUGCACCGGUUGUAGAAGAAUCAGGUCCACCCGUAGUUAUGUUGCUCAGUUUGAAAAGAUUUUCUCUGAACAAUACUCAAUUAUUCAUAGAUUGGAAACUGCAAAAUUACGUAAUGUUGCUUUCUUGUUUGCCCAUCUUUUAUACUCUGAUUCUAUAUCAUGGGGUGUAUUUGAAUGUCUCUGGCAAAAAAGAAUCUGAAUCCAAGAAUAAACUAUCAUCAUCCGUCUUAGGUGAUAUAUCAAUUUCAUCUUCAUCGUCUUCUUCAAGUUCAUCUAGUGGUGAUAGUAGUAGUAGUGAAUCAGAGUCGAGUUGUUCAAAUGAUGAAAAGCAUCGUAAAAAGAGGAAACAUUCUAAAGACAAGCAUAAAUUACAAAAGAAAUCACAUAGCAAUCGUCAUCAUGACGAACAUCACCAGCAACAUAAAUCUUAUAAACAUACUUCAUCGAAACACUCUGAAAUGCCAUCGGAUAGAAUUUCCAAACAUUCUGAUUCAACACAUAAAAAUGAUAAAAGGUCUCGUUUAAAAACUCGUCCUGUAGACACUCCAUUUUCAAUGAUACACCCAAUUCGCCUGCCCAUUCACGUCAAAUAA